CAAUGAACUGAGCCAUGUUCAAAUCCCCGUUAUGUUGAUGCCAGAUGAUUUCAAAGCGUACUCAAAGAUAAAGGUGGACAAUCACCUUUUCAACAAAGAAAACAUGCCAAGUCAUUUCAAAUUUAAGGAAUAUUGUCCAAUGGUUUUCCGUAAUCUAAGAGAGAGGUUUGGAAUUGAUGAUCAAGACUUUCAGAAUUCACUGACAAGAAGUGCACCCCUUGCCAAUGAUUCCCAAGCACGCAGUGGUGCCCGCUUUCAUACAUCUUAUGACAAAAGAUACGUCAUCAAAUCUAUAACAAGUGAAGAUGUAGCAGAAAUGCACAACAUACUGAAGAAAUACCAUCAGUUUAUUGUGGAAUGUCAUGGGAAUACACUUCUUCCCCAGUUUUUGGGCAUGUACCGGCUUACUGUUGAUGGAGUUGAAGUAUAUAUGAUUGUUACAAGAAAUGUCUUCAGCCAUCGUUUAUCUGUUUAUAGAAAAUAUGAUUUAAAGGGCUCUACUGUGGCUCGAGAAGCCAGUGACAAAGAAAAGGCCAAAGAGCUGCCGACGUUCAAAGACAAUGAUUUUAUUAACGAUGGCCAAAAGAUUCAUAUUGAUGAGAGCAACAAAAAGAUGUUCCUUGAGAAACUCAAAAAGGAUGUUGAGGUAAGAAUGUGCCUGUUCAGUUAUAUGUGA